AUGCACCUCCACAUCGCCAUCUUGGACCUCGACGUCCCCGUCCCAACCGUCUACGCCGCGCGAGGCCUCUACAGCUCGCAACUCACCAAUCUCCUCAUCUCCGCCGCAGCACGUCUCUCCCAGUCGCAAGCCUUGCCCCCCGGUAAAGAAAUAACAUUAAGCACAUCGUCUUACGAUGUCAUCGGGGGUAUCUUCCCCCCGGCACAUCUCCUACGAGAGAGGGGUGGUUCUGGUAUAGACGGCAUCCUCCUAACCGGCUCCUCCACCUCAGCCUACCGCUCCGACCAACACCCCUGGAUUCCCUCUUUGCAGACUUUCCUGGCAGAUGUCUAUGUGAGCCACCCGCAUAUCAAAUUCUUCGGCUCGUGUUUCGGGCAUCAGAUGCUCGCGCGGACGCUAGUGCCGGGGUGUGAGGUUGAGGCUUGUCCGGCGGGUUAUGAGAUUGGUGUGCAUGCUAUUUCGCUAAAGGAGGAGUUUGUGGAGAGGAUUGGGCUUCCUUUUCUGCCACCAGCAGCAGCAGGGGAGGGUAAGAAGGAGAUGAAGCUGCAGUUUAUCCAUGGGGAUUGGGUUGUAUGUGAGACAGGGCUACCGGAUGACUGGGUGAAUGUUGGCUCGACGCCGCGGUGUCCUAUCCAGGGAUUAUAUCGUCCCGGACGGGUGUUGACUUUCCAGGGGCAUUUUGAGUUUGAUGUGUUUGUGAAUAGCGAGACAUGCCUGGAGUUUGGGAGGAGGUGGGAAAGGUAUGUGAGGGCGAUUGAGGCGCGUGAUGGGGAGGAUGAUGCGGAGGUUGCGGCGGAGAUGGUGGUCUGGUUCUUUGCGGGGGAGGAUAUGAGAGCUGCUGAGGUGAAGAUGAUGGAGGGAGGGCUGUUGACGCCUCCGUUGGAGUAG